AUGACUAACAGUGAAACAAAUGAAAAAGAUUCAACAUUAUUAAUAAUUUCCGAUAAUCAUCGAACAAAUGAAAAAUCGAAAAUAGGAACAGAAUAUGAAACAAGAUCUACAAUAGCAGAUAUUAAUAAUCAACAAUUUGUUUCUUCAGUAACAUUCAAAGCAAUGGUCGUAUUUCAGAUAUUUGCUUACGGUUCAUACAGUGUUCUCGUUCAUUUAUGUGAAAAAAAUGGUAAAAUAGAAUUUAGUUCAACAACAAUGAAUUUUAUUUUAGAAUUAACAAAAUUAUUAUUUUCACUAAAUGCUUUUUUAUGCUGUCCAUCGACAACAACAUCUGUUCAUUCAUCAGCACUAACAUUACGAACGGUGAUACGACAUUCAUUACCCUACAGUAUACCAGCUAUACUAUAUUUUAUUAACAAUAAUCUUGCUGUUCAUAUGCAAUUACAAAUGGAUCCUACAUCAUAUCAAAUUCUAUCAAAUUUUAAAAUUUUAACAACAGCUAUUCUAUAUAGAAUAAUUAUGAAACAAUAUCUAAACAAAAUUAAGUGGUUAUCAUUAGUAUUACUGUUUGCUGGAGGACUUAGCUAUAGUCUAGGUGCAUCACGAAGUUCAGCUUCAAAAUUUCUCUCAUCAACAACCCCUUCUUCUUUGUCAGUUUCAUCUUCCGGAAUAGUUAUUGGUGAAAUGUACAUUCAUCCAUUAGGUAUACCAAUGAUAACCAUCUAUUGUAUUCUAUCGGGUCUAGCUGGCGUGUAUAAUGAAUGGAUAUUAAAAAAAUACUAUCUUGAAUCGUUAAAUAUGCAAAAUAUUUAUUUAUAUACAUAUGGUACAAUUUUUAAUUUUAUACCGGCAUUCUACUCUCAAUCUCCUACAUCUAUAUUAUCAAUUGAAUCAGCAUUUAAAGGAUUUUCUAUAUAUACAUGGUUAAUUAUUCUAACACAAACGCUCAACGGUUUAUUUAUGUCUGUGGUUAUUAAACAUUCAUCAAAUAUAACAAGACUAUUUGUAAUCUCAUUUUCAGUGAUUGUGACAACACUUCUCAAAAUAUUUUUUAGUAAAGGUGCUAGAAAAAAACUAUAA